UCCCUGGACAGCUCUGCAGAGCUGUGCCAUUUGAAUUUAAGCUCGCACACACACACACACACACACACACAGCCACGCACUGUGCUCUCCAUUUCUGGCUUGCCUCCCAGCACAGAGUUGAGCUAGAGCUCGGGUUAAGUUUUUUCUUCUCACUCUGCUCCCUGCAGCGACAGCUUCUCCAGGCUCUGCUAGUCGGGACUCCCAAGCAAGCAUGGCGGACACCCCUUUGCAAAUUAUUGAGCAGCCCGCUCCUUCCGAGACCUCCGAGGAGCAAGCAGCUGAGGAGCCGAUUAAAUCAGACCAGAUCAAUGGCGUGAUGGUGCUCACCCUUCUGGACAAGAUCAUCGGGGCAGUGGAUCAGAUCCAGCUGACCCAGACGCAGCUGGAGGAGAGGCAGCAAGAGAUGGAUAGCGCAGUGGCCAGCAUCCAGGGGGAACUGACCAAGCUCACCAAAGCACACACCACUACCAGCAACACCGUGAACAAGAUGCUGGAGAAAGUACGCAAGGUGAGCGUCAAUGUGAAAACCGUCCGGCAGAACCUGGAGAAGCAAGCCGGGCAGAUCAAGAAGCUGGAGGCCAACGAGGCGGAGCUGUUGAAGCGAAGGAACUUCAAAGUCAUGAUCUACCAGGAUGAAGUGAAGCUCCCGGCCAAGCUGAGCAUCAGCAAGUCUUUGAAGGAGACUGAGAGGGAAGAGAAGGAAGAGGAGGGCGUGGAGGUCCCUGUGGACGAGGACCGCGCCGAUGAGGACCGAAUCCAGCUCUCCUCAGAUGAGGAGGUGGAGGUUGAAGAGACCAUCGAGGAGUCCCGAGCAGAGCGGAUCAAGAGAAGUGGCAUGAAGAGGGUGGAUGACUUCAAGAAGGCUUUCUCCAAGGAGAAGAUGGAGAAGACCAAGCUAAAGACCAGGGAGAAUUUGGAGAAGACCAAACACAACUUGGAGAAGACCCGGCACAACCUGGAGAAGAGGAUGAACAAGCUGGGCACCAAGAUCGUAACCACUGAGAGGAGGGAGAAGAUGAAAACCUCUCGAGACAAGCUGAAGAAAUCCUUCACUCCCGACCACCCCAUCUACACCAGGUCCAAGACAGCAGUCUACAAGGUGCCACCCUUCACCUUCUACGUCAAGAAGAUCAGAGAGGGCGAGGUGGAGGUGAAAGCCACGGAGAUGGUGGAAGUGGGAGGAGAAGAGGCCGAGAACACGGAGCUGCUGAGGGAGGAGAGCCCUGAGAUGCACACGCUGCUGGAGAUCACGGAGGAGUCGGACGCAGUGCUGGUGGAUAAGAGCGACAGUGAGUAGGAUGGGUGGCAGCACGGGAUGGACGGCUGAACACAUAACCUUUCACACUGCAAAAUCUCUCUUCGCCCCACGCAUCCUGGGGAACGUGUACCCGUUGUAUCAUUAUUCCUCUGGACGUCCAAGCCGACCCCCCACCAUCCCAGACGAGGUGUAGUUUAUAUUUUAGUUUUAGCACACGGAGGAGUUAGGAAUACAGGACUGUUUUCCUUACACUCGUUGUGGAGACCAUUCCUGCUGGCAGCCCUGUGAGAGCUUGCUAGCCACCAGGGACCCCCCUGAGGGGAAGCGUGCUAAAACCAAGAUAACUGCUGUACACCUGGGAAUAUCCCUCUUUGCAGCUCUCCAAGACCUGAUGUCCAGAAUGCUUCUUGCCCGGCAAACUGCCCAGUGCUGGAGACCCCCCCAGUCUGUCAGCCCGAGCAGCCAUCCCCCCAGGCAGAUGGAGGGGAACGCAGGAGCCCAGCUGGCUAGCAACAGCAGAGAGACGUUUCCCACCCCUGCCCGAAUGCAAGUUCCCGGGGCCGGGCGGUCUGGAAGAUCUCCAGCGGAAGGUGGAUCUCUGACAUGUCUUAGCAUGUGGCGAGGGAAGGGUUAAGCCGAUCCCACUGGCGGGUAGAGCACGCGUGAGGAUGGGCAAUGCCACACGGGGCUGGGAAGGGCUCCCUGCCACUUCCUGACCCCAGAGGGUUCAAAGAGUUAAUGGGCCAGCUCUGGAGAACCCAGCAUUGUGUAACAUUUGGAGAACAUGGGCACCACAUUGCCUGGGUGGCAGCGAGAGCCCCUGGCAACGCGGGCAUCCUACACACACACACCGGACCCUGUCACUGCUGCCGGUUACACCGGGGCCACCCCAGGCCUUACCGGGACUGCCCCACAGGAACGGAGAGCUGAGCAUGUGCCUCAUGCUCCUGUGUGUGUGUCUACAGUGCCCGUGGCACAGGGGCGUAACCGUCCGCUGGCUGGGGCCCGUAACCACUUUGCUCCAGGAGGCUCCAGGGAGCUGCAUCGAGUCGGGUGUCCCAGCCCCUCACCGGAGAGCGAGCCCUGUACCAUGUGGCAUCAGCAGCCGGGAGCUGCACGGUCACUGGCCGGGGGAGGGUGCAGGCCGGGGGAGGGU